GGGCGGGCGGGGCGGCCGGGACGCGGGAGCAUGGAGCCGCGCGCCGGCUGCUGGCUGCCCGUGCGGGUGGAGCAGGUCGUCAACGGGGCGCUGCUGGUCACCGUGAGCUGCGGCCAGCGCAGCUUCGCUGGGAUCCUGCUGGACUGCACGAAAAAGUCUGGCCUCUUCGGUCCGCCCCCGUCCGCUCCACUACCACAGGCUGAGGACGCCCCUGUCAACGGCUGCCAGGGCCCAGCCCCCCCAGAAGGGGACACAGAGGCGAUAGAGCUGGGGACGGGUCCCCUGCCGCCUCCCUGCCCUGAGCCACCCCCACCCCUGGUGCCGCCACUGCCCGCCGGGAGCCUGCCCCCAUUCCCGCCGUAUUUUGAGGGCGCCCCCUUCCCGCCCCCACUCUGGCUGAGAAACACUUACGGGCAGUGGGUGCCCCAGCCGCCCCCCCGGACCAUCAAGAGAACAAGGAGGCGCCUGUCGCGUAACCGCGACCCGGGCAGGCUGGCCCUGAGCCCCAUCUGCCUGCGGCCUCGCCGGGUGCUCUGUGAGAAAUGCAAGAGCACCGUGAGCCCCCCGGAGGCCAGCCUGGGCCCCCCGGCCACCCCCCGGCCGCGCAGAAGGCUGGGCAGCAGCCCCGACCCCGACAGGGAGCUCCACAAGCACGAGGACCCGGACGGCAGGGGCGACACCGUGGCCUCAGCCCCCGCGAGGAGGAGCAAGCAGAAGAGGCGGAAGGAGGGGGGCCAGGCCGGCGUACCCCGGAGCCCCGCCAUCAAAAUCUCCUACAGCACGCCUCAGGGCAAGGGCGAGGUGGUGGAGAUCCCGUCCCGUGUGCACGGCUCCCUGGAGCCCUUCUGCGCCCCCCAGGACCCCGAGGCCCUGCGGGACAAGCCACCCGGCGGGCCCUUCUCCUCCAUCCCCAAGCUGAAGCUGACGCGGCCCGUGCCCCCGGGUGCCGAUCUGCCGCCCCCCAAGAUCCGCCUGAAACCCCACCGCCUGGGUGUCGGCGAGCAGGAGCCCAUCUACAGGGCCGAGCUGGUGGAGGAACUCAACGGCCACGGGCGAGGCCCCCAGGCCAGCUCACCUGCCCCCCUUGCCACUGGCUCUGCCCCCGGGGGGCUGGCGGACGUGUCUUCCGGAAGUUCUGGUGAGGAUGACGACUUCAGGAGGUGUCCCCAGGGUAAACCCAGGCGUGACGGCCUGGCUUUUCUCACCACCUGCCCCAGGAGCAGGGCGGACUGUGCCAGCGAGUCGGUGUGCAGCAGCGACAGCCUGGAUGAGUCCAAAUCGUCCAGCUCAGAAGUAACGUCACUAGACACGUGUGACUUUUCCUCUGGUGAUGGCGUGUCCGUGCCAUCCUCGUCUAAGGAUACGGGGCAGACGGUCCCGCCCCUGACGGUCAGGCUGCACACACAGAGUGUCUCCAAGUGCAUUACCGAGGACGGAAGGACCGUGGCCGUAGGGGACAUCGUGUGGGGUAAGAUCCGUGGUUUUCCUUGGUGGCCGGCGCGUGUCCUUGACAUCAGUCUUAGCCAGAAGGAGGACGGGGAGCCCUCUUGGCAAGAAGCCAAAGUCUCAUGGUUUGGGUCUCCGACUACAUCAUUCUUGUCCACUUCAAAACUCUCCCCUUUCUCUGAAUUUUUCAAACUGAGAUUUAACCGCAAGAAGAAAGGGUUGUACAGGAAAGCCAUAACAGAGGCUGCCAGCGCCGCGCGGCACGUGGCCCCGGAAGUCAGGGAGCUCUUAACCCAGUUUGAAACGUGACUGGGGCUCCCGGACCAGUUUCGAGUGGAAAGUUUCAGGGAAGCAUCCCCCAAGCUGUUGCUAAAACUGCUUUCAGCUGAAAGAGAAGAUGACCCUCAAUUGCCAAAGCUGUCUGAAACAGCCCAGUGUCACCGGGCUUCUUUCCAGCGCUCAAAGCUACUGGCCACCGUUGCCACUGACCACAAGGCAUCACCGUUUCCACCACUUUGCUUAGAACAAAGGAAACAUGCUGACAGUGCGUUAUCAGCGGGGCUCCACCAAAGCAAAACUGUAGCUGGUCCAAAAGAAAUCAUCGGAGACCUGACGUUAAUAGAGAAAAACAUGUGGUGUGUGUAAACAGUGAGAUUUAAAUUGAACUGGCUAUUACUCAACAUAAUAUAAAAAUUUAAUAAAAUGGUGUCUUCUCAUUGAACCAUUUCAACUUAGUGAGAUCAUUUAUUCAUGGGCCCGCUUGCUUCUCCGCUCUCCGCCCGUCCACUCCCUGCCCCUUGGUGCCCACGUGUGCCAAGCACGCUUUGUGUUCCCCGCACACCAGCAAAGGGAACCGCUCUGGGCGGGCCUCAGGGAAAAGGCACCAGAGCUCACAGAAGACUGUUCACCAAGGGUCUAGAGUGUUGUGGGGUUUGUUUGUUUGCUGGUUUGUUUCUUGGAAAACAAUGCUAAGGUAUGUGUAAAGUCUCAAAGAUUCGAACAACGGACAACGGAGAUGAAUCUUUGUAAAGCUGAUUUCAUUAAUACAAAGAUGCAAAACAGAAACUAUGGCUGAGUCAAGAACCCUUGAAAAACACGGGCUGCCGGUUGCCAACACGAGUGACGCUGACUGUUAGAGCAAGAGUUGGCCCGUCUAAACUUGGUCAUCGGGGAAAAGUCCCAGCUCUAUGGCUUUUCCCUCAGAGCGAGCUCAGUGGCUUGGAAGCUCUGACACCCACCGCGAGAGGGGCGCUGCCUAGCCAGACACGGAUUGUCCUGGUGUGGCUGUCCUGGCUUUGUUCUAGUUAUCAUUUGGGGCUCAGGGGUUCUGGAACCUGUGAAUCCUUUGGACACAGAGGGUCAGCCUGUGGCCGGGACGUGUCUAUGAGCAGGGGUAGUGUCACCAGCAGGCCUCCUGUGGACAGCCCCUGCCCUCCUGGACAACGGUACGUGGCAACAGUUUCUGCAUAAUUGUAUGUGAAUAAUUUGGCCCUGCCAACAACCUGUUUGUGCCAAAGGAAAGGCCUUGACUGCCCCACUCCACAGAGCAGGCCUCACGUGCUCCACACACAUCGGGUCGCAGAGGCAGCUCCCUCGCCAGGAGAGCCCCCAAAUCACCUUAAUUUCCUCCACAGUCAAGCAUCAAGUCGAGUGAGAGCAGUGCUGACGCUCGGUCCCUGUUUGGGCUGCAAGGGGGUGGCCGGGUUGGCCAGUGCUGAGAGAGCAAGCAGCCGAGGGGUCCAGAUUGCAAGCCCCGGCUGGAGAGGGACCUCAGACCCAUCGGGAACAGUUACAAGUGCACCAAUCUGAUGGAGCUGAUGAAGAACCAACCGAAAAGAAUACCGAGGGUGCCGGGACUGCGGAGCAGGGCCUCUGCACUCGUGUGGGUCUCUUCCCUUCCACCUGCCUUGUUUCCGAGUUUCCACUGCAGAAGUCUUGUACACCUUUUGUUGCAUUUGUUCCUACACAUUUUAACUUUUGUGCUACAGUAAGUGGAAAUGAUUUCAAGUUUUUGUCCAAUGUGCAUUUCUGAUAUGUAGCAAUACAAUUUUGAAUAUUGACUUGUAUCCCUGACUUUGUGAAUUCACUUGGUUAGUAGUAUUUUUUUGUGUGUGGAUUUGUCAGGAUUUUCUAUGCAGAUGAUCAUGUUGCCUGAAAACAAAGGCAGUUUUACUCCUUUCUUUCCACUGUUGGUGCCUUUUAUUUCUUUUUCUUAUUUUGUUGCACAGACAGAUCUCCUGUUGGAGGCUUCCUGGAAAGGGAGAGAAGGGGUUGCUGCCAUCUUGCUCUAGGCCCUGGGAAGUGAGCGCUCAGUCUGUCAGCAUUGAAUGCCACGUGGGCUGGAAAUGCCUCAUGUGCCCUUUAUCAGAUUUAGGAAGUUCCCUUUAUUUUUAGUUUGCAGAGUUUUUUUUAUCGUAAAAAGGGUGUUCAGUUUUGUCAGAUGCCUUUCUGAAUCCAUUGACCUGAUCACGCAGAGCUGAAAACCAGCUAACCUCACAGUGCUGGGUGUCACCGGUUAGGAAAACCACAACGUGCCUGUCAGGUGAGGGUACAGGCAUUACAACACUCAGGGGGAAUUCUCGGCUGCACCAGGAAGCACUUACAUAAUCACGCUGUGUUUUAAAAACCAGAGUCAAAGCUGUGGGUAGAGCCUGACCAGGGCGCCAAGGGCAGGACUGAGUAGAAGCAGCGCUCGCAGAAGUGCUGUCAGGACAGCAGCAACGCUGGGGGCCCAUGCGGUGACAUUAUGAGGGACCGGCCUGCUUGUCCUGCACUCACACUGCGCCAUUGUGCUCAAUGUUCUGUGACGAACAUGUGACUUUUAUAAGGAAAUGUCCAGUAAGCUGGUACAAUGCUACCUAGUCAGAGUGACCCUCAUGUGUCUCUUGCCUGUUCUCCUGCUGGAAUCUCAGCUUUCUGAGGACACAGACCAUCUCCCCUGCUGUUUAGAUCAGUGCACAGCACAGAGAGGGUGCUCAAUAAAUAUUUGCUGACUGAAGAAAUGAAUGAGUAAAUCAAUGACUGGAUGGACAUAGGUUUAGGCUGCAUGGUGCUGUUGGUGACCAGCAGGGCUUGGAGUCCUGGCUUGGUCAUGUUCCCAGCCGUGUACCCACUGGCCGUGUAAAUGUGGCCAGCUUUUUAACCCCGAAACCUUAGUUUUCUUAUCUACAAAACACUCAUGCUUUGUAAGACUGCUGUGAGGACUAGGAAGAAUUGUAAAGCAACUUCCACAAUGGUGCCUGCGGAGUGGUAGCUAUUACUAAGCUAAUUAAUGAGGGAAGUACCCAAAUAAUUCAGAGGGAAAGAAACUUCCCUUCCCCCAGAUGAAUCUGAGGUCAAGUAAUAAGCUGCCCAUUAACUUACUAAUGGCAAAAAUACCUCCUGCUAAAGCCACCACAUCCAGCCCCUCACAAAGAGGACAGAUCCCUGGGUUCCUUUCACUGUGUCUAGCCAGGCUCUCCGCCUACAGAAAAAUAAUUGAGUCAUUUAACCAGUGUUUUUAUAUACAAUGGAAUAAGGUUGACUCACCUGGCAGGAGUACUGAAAAUUGAUUGUUAAAUGAUUGAAACACACUUUGCAACUACGAAGUAUCAUCCAUCCAUCCAUCCACUGAAGGAUGACUUCUAAGCAUGCUUGUGGACAAGGAAUCCCAGCUGUAAACCUGUCAACUGUCUAAUAAUCUGAACCAUAAAUAAAUUGGUUACUAUUCUAAACUGAGCAAUGAUGUGAUAUUUAGUGGUUAAUGUGCUGUCCCUUUAAAAAAGCUUACAGCACAUUGUUGUUUAACAAAAGACUUGGUCCCUCCUGGGAACCUGGAGAGUGUCUAAGCAGGCUGGGUCGGAGCAGGAUGGCUCCUUCUGAGGCAUCAGUGUCACAGCUCCGGCUGCCUCCGCCUCCCCUCAUCUGCCCUCGGCACUGAGGUGGGUCCAGCUAGAGGGGCCAGGCAUCGCCAGCAGCUGGGUGAGUGGGGCUUUGCGAAACUUAUUGUUAUUAUGUUGGCAAAGGUAACAUCCAGACAUGGGACAAUACUUCAAAGAUGAAAAGGGCAUAUAGCAAAAGCAAGCCUCCUUCUCACCCAUGAUUGUACAACGUGGCUUUAACAUGGGUGAUGUCGGCAUUCAAUAUCUCUCUGACAGUCAGGUAGCACUGGCCCCAGGCGUGGUGAUGGUCUGGCGUGUCAUCGAUUCACGUGAUGCACAUUUACCGGGUGUUCUCCGUGGCGGGCUCUGUCAGACUGCAGAGGCCAGCGGUCAGGCUGUGCCUGCGUGGCGGAGGGGAAGGACAGCCUGGUUUCCGUGGUGCAGUGGGCGAAGUGAGGGGGCACAUGGGGUGCAGUGUGUGGGGUGGAGUCUGUUGGAAGAAGGGCAUUUGAGAGGCCUGAGAGCCAGAAGCAGCCAGUCAAGUCACCUCUGGAGCACAGAGACAAGCACAGCUGUCAUAGCCCUGAGCUGGCCCUGGGUCCCACC